GACAUAGCCAGCUCUUUCUGUGAUAGUUGAUUGCAAGUGGAGCUUCUUUGAGAAAGCAACAUAUACUUGUUAGGAAAACUGAGAAAGGAACAUAUGCAUGCCUCCAGUUUUCUUAAUUCAAGGGUGCCUUCAAGCAUUCUGAAGAUAAUGUUUUUAGAAAAGUGCUUUUGGAACUUUGAUGCAUUGUUCCAUCCACAACAACACCCUGCACGUGAUUCACAUGAUACAUUCCUUCUGGAAGUUCCAUCCACUACAUGGGAACUGCCUGAAGAUUAUGUUGAGUUGGUGAAGCAUGUUCAUGAGUCUGGUGGUUAUGGCUCCAGGGGAUAUAUGUAUGACUGGAAAAGAGAGGAAGCAAACAAAAAUCUGCUGCGAACUCAUACAACUGCUGUCUCUACUAGAAUGCUUUAUGCUCUAGCAAAGGAAUGUCAAAGAUGCGUUUCAAGCCUGCUUGCAACCCAUAUACUGAACCUAGCAUGGAGAUAUUCAGUUAUUAUAAAGGCUUGAAGAAAUGGAUGGAAAUUGGGAAUUCUGGUAUGUUCAGACCUGAAAUGUUGCUUCCAGGGAACUUAACAAGCAUGUUACUAAUGGCAUCAUCUGGAACGCCUAGGUCCCGGAAAAAUUGUACCUGAAAAGAUGAAACCCAAAUCAGUGUCAACAUCUCACAUUAUACAGCAUGACAUCAUAACCAUUCAAUAUAAGAGAUUUCUAGUUCAUAAUAUAUAAGCUGAAGCAUUAUCUUCAUGACAUAUAUCCUAUCAUCCAAAUGUACAUAUUAGAGAUGGAGAGGAAAAACAAAAUAAGAAAAAUUUGAAGUAUAGGAUCAUAAAUGGAAAAUAUAAAUGAAACAUGAAAUACAUUGUUAGCUAAAUAAGAUCACAUUUAGGAAGAAAACUGAAGCACGUAACCAAUUCAAGACAACAAUGACUAACUUGGGUGCAAUUGUUGUGUCCAAAUUAAAACAGAAAAUCAUUGGCUUAAUGGUAAGCAUUCUCCUCAUUCCAUCUUGGGAAAGUCCAAGGUAAUAUAGUUUCUUAACCAGAGGCUUCCAUCUUUCUUCAUUGCUACAACCCAUCAACUGUAGCCCGAAUGCUAGUGAUUUCCCGACAUAUACUGUACUGGCCAAACUCUUUCGGACAAUUAACCCGUAUGAACAUCGGGAGCAUAUAACUUAAUGAUUAAAUAGCCUGGAUAUAAUUACUUUAACGGAACUUGCUACAAAGCAAGACUCCU